GCUACUAUGGCAGCCGUUGCGGCGGCGGUUUGAUGGGCGCUAAACAAUAAACAACAUAAUAGUAAUUAUACUUAAUUUUUCACUGCUGGAGAGCUUCAUUGCAAUUUGCCGCUCCUCCUUUUCUUUCUUUCUUAAAAGAUGCGCCGUGUUGUUUCUCAAAAGUUGAGGCGGUGCGCGUCUUCACCGAGCGCAUUCGGUGGCACGUGCUAUCAGGCCUCCACCAAAGCCUCUUCUCGAAUGAAAUGCGAAGCGCAGAAGUCACCGACAGCUUCUUCACGCAGGCUGAAAAGGUCAAAAACGGAUGUUGAUGGACAGCAGGCGGUGACGACACCUCCGUCGGACCGCAGAGCAUCUCCCGCGUCUUCGCCCGAACGAACCACGUCGUCCGCCACGCCGUCGUGGGUGCGGAACACCCUGCACUACAACGAAGAGAGGGUGCAGCAGCUGGCGAACCUGCUCUCCGGUGUUCCUGGGGAUAUUGCCUCUCCGGUGUCGGAGACUCCGAGCACGGGUGCAGGCUAUUUGUCGUCUGGUGCCAAAAGCGUCGAAGAGCAGCUGCGACAACCCGGCUGUCAAUCAACGGACCGGAGAAGACCGGCGAAGUCCGGGACUCCCGUGCUUUCGCGGGAUCGCCCCACGAAUGCGAACCGAGAUGCUUCCGCUGCCACCCGGCGCCAAGGCAAAAACACCUAUAUGGGAGCAUCGCUGCUUAAUAAAAACUGGAGUUCCAUUCUGCUGGACUUACCAAAAGACUCUGCGACUGCAGCGCUGGUAAGGAACCUCCUCUCCCUUCCAACCGCACGCAUGCACUCCCAGGGCCACGCAUGCGCGUCAUCGUCCCAUUCCGCAGGCACAACUCCCGAGCAGGAGACGCUCUCUGCGCUGCUCCGUGCCUCGAGGCUGCACUGGCACGUCACAUCGCAAUGUGCUGCUCCUUUCCUUCUCUCUUCUUCGGUGGAGAAGCCUCUCGGAGACAACGUUCACCAUCUCUGUGUUGUGGCGUCUGCACUAGAGGCCAGCCUCAAGUCGUUGCGGGAGGCCGACGGCGCCCCUGCGCAGAGCUCCAACGGCGCGGCCACCACUGCAGCAAAAGUGCAAAAGACUACUGCCGUUGUCGAUGCGGCAGACAAGCACGACACACACGUUACCGGGGAAGCGAUGCGGGACUCAGUCGGCGCGGCGCAGCAGCGCAAAGAGUGGCAACACACAUGCGUCACGAAAUACAGUCAGCUGCUCACAGAGCUGCUUACCCGGCUGAUAACUGAACUCGCCGCGUACAAUAGCCAGCAGCAGCAACGGCAGCAGCAGAAACGCUCUCUCUCUUCUUCACAGGUUCGCAUAGAUGUGCUUUUAUCGGCAGUUUUAUCGCUCCUACAUGCUCUCGAUAUCUGUGCGAUCAGCCCAGAGGAGUUACCAGAUCCUGCGGCGUAUGGAAGGACGGAAAACGCCUCCUCCCAGCACACAUCAGCAACGGUGGCAAUUCAAUGCAGUUUGCUGGAGCAGCUCUGCGCAGAAGUCGUUGUAGCCAUGACGCAACCGAAUUCUACGCUCAGUUCGUCCGGAGAACGCUCUGAGACGUCUGCAGAUCGGUUUCAUGCGCUGCCGUCGCCCGUCGCCGCCGUGCUCUCGACCAGGAAGCAGCUGACCAACCUUCAGGCGAAGCUGAAGGUGUUGCCGAGUUCUUCGUCAGGGCAAGGCUGCAUCCAAGGAGUGGUGUCCAUCACGUUUCUCUUCUACGUUGUCGUCCUACGCAGAGCACUUGCCGAAGAGGUAUCUGCUGUGCACGCUACGGUGUCCGUCACGCCAGAUGGCGCAAACUCGAAAGAAACGACUGGUCCGCAGCGCCAAGGCAUCAUCUUUUCAGGCAAUGAGAUGGUGGAGUUGGCAAAGCAGGCAGAGACCCUGCUGACCCUGCUGCACCCUCAACAGGACCUGUCUCAGGCUGCACUGGCAACGAUGCAGCACCGCACGACGAGUCCCGCGCUCAGUAACUUUCUCUCCUUGUUGUGGCGGCACUCCACAAAGGUGCAGGCGGCACAGUCGCGGUGGUCACGCGCAAGCUCAUCUUCUAUUUCAACGGAUGCAUCGAGAGCUUCGAAGGGCCAUACAGAUACAGCGUCGCCUUCAGCUACGCUGCUCUCCCCGGCGUCUCGCUUCUGGGAGCAGCACCCAACACACCUGGCGCUGCUUUUAAGCUCCUACUACGAUCUGCUCGCUGUGAGUGGCGAGUUGCUGCCAAUGGCGCUCGACGACGCCUCUGCAGAACCGUCGUCGAAAGCGACUUUGGAUUUGUCGUGGGUCGUACCGUAUUACAGCCGCGUUAUUCGUAUCGGAAUGGCCCUGCAGAUGGAUGCAGCACUGCUGGCGGCGGCGCAUCUCGGUUUGGAAGCCUUCGCCCCUCGGUCUCCAGACACUCCGUUGGAGAAGGUGGUUGCGUUACGGCUCAAGUCGAGACGUGCGAAGAAGCUGAAUUCGUCGUCCGCGACCGGACGAAGCGACGCAGGCGUCACGCGAGCGGCAGUCAAAGGGAGCGGCAGCGACGCGGAUGCGCGCGACAAAUCGGCUGGCACCAAUGACGAGCAGUGUGCAGAGACGGAUGAUCCUAGCCGUCACUGGGCUCGGGUAUUUCGCCUCUCCGGCGGUGUACGCGUGGCGUGCUGCGAGACGUUGUACCGUGCAGUAGUCAACAUGGCGACCCUCUGCAGCAGCGAUCGCACUGCUGCAGCACGGCUCGUGAGCGCCGGCAACGGUGCCGCUGCUGCCCGAGACUCUUCCCCUUCCGCCUCCUUCCGCUCUUCUUCAGCUCACAACACGACCCCUCCGGCUAUCGUUCUCGUACACGCCGUUUCGCGCGUGUUGUUUUGUGUCCCCCGCACGGAGUACUUGCUCGGUCUCUACACGGACGAGCUCCUCUCCGCCGAGGCCGCCGCGGAGCAGAGCCGACGUGUUUACAUCGCCUGUGGCGGCGUCUUCUUAUGGCUGCGUGAGCUGUCCCCUCCGUUUGACACUCAGUUCGCGCGCACCGCACCGCCGGACACGCCUUCGGCCGCUGCGGUGGCAGAAGCAGCUCUACCCGCAAAAGCCAAGGCGGUGAUGUGGCUUGUAUGCGGUACAACGAAGGCGAAUGCCCUUGAGGCUGCCUUCUUUCUCACCUACCUCCUCUACCACUGGCCUUCGCUCACACGUUAUCACUACCAACAACCACUCCAACCGCAAGCGCAUGGACAGGGCGUUUGUUCGCACGCAGCCGCCCACGAGGGAGCGAGUCCGUUCAUGCGCGCCCUGUCGGCCGACGGCGUGGCAGCUGCGAUGCCGCCCACUCCUGUGGACUCCUUCAUUUCGGCCACCGCCGCCGAGUCGUACGUCGCGGAGACGCUGUUCUUCCUGCAGCAUGACACGGCGAGCCUUCUUCGCCACGUCCGCAUCACCGAUCGUUUCCACUACUUUAGCGGAGAGAAGAGAGACAAAACGAAGCUAAUGGAGGAGUCGGCGCUGCAGCGCCGACACGUGACCUCGACCUUGUCGGUGGUGCGGGCCUACGAGCAGCAACCAAACUUUGUGUGGAUGCCGCUGGAGACCGCCCAGGAAGUGCUGUUUCAGCUGAGUCACUUUCCCGGCUUAUUGGUGCCGGCCACCCCGGAAGGGGGGACAGGGGCGGCUCUGACCGGACUCCGCAGUGAAGGUGACGAGGAGGCGGAGAGUGCGAAGGUGAUGGGGAGUCACGGCCACGCCGGCGUGCAGGCGUACACCAAAGUGCAAGUGGGCACCAUCACCUGCACCUUUGCCCGGGCUCACGGUUACCUCGUCCGCCGCCUUCACGUGCUGGGCGGCAUCUUGCGCGAGUACCGCAGUCUGCUGCUCUCGUCACCCUCUCCGCACGACAAGCCAACAUUGCCGGGUUCAGCGUCGCCGCCACCUCGAGUCGAGUCCUCCACCCUUACCAGAGGACAACAGAACUUAACCAGCACAAAAGCAUCCGCUACCCCUUCGUCCUUCUCCAGUCACCUCGUCGCCAACGCCGCGCAUGCCCCGCAGGAUGAGUGCCAUCGCAGGAACAACUACCGCUGGGCCAACCCGUGGGCGACGAUGCUGCGCGAGGACUUUGCCAGUCUCCCGGCCGAGAUGGAAGGGUCUCCAACGUGGACAAUCGGCGUGCUGCGGACGAUGGAGCGAAUGGAGCUGAUGAUGUACGACGCUCACCGUCGGGGGCUGUUCAUGAAUGUCGCAAAAUCGCAGCGGCAGUACCGACUGCAGAAACAAAUGCAGUCGAAUGAGAUGGAGCCGUCUGGGUUGAAUGGGGUGACGUCACCGGAGGAGGAGGACGACGAGAGAGAUGGGGGUAUGAGCGAAUUACACGAGGCCAGUCACAUCACUGCGAGAAAGCCGCUGGCGCACGAGAUCUGCGUGACUCGCGCGUCGAGAUAUGUGCCCCUCGGUGUUGCACUGGACGGCAACGGAUGCGUGCUGCGUGUCCAAGAGACGGUGAGCGCACCGACAGCAGCCGGUGCGUCGUACGGUGAGACGGAGGAGGUGACGUCGCCGUUUGCGGCGGCCCUCGCUCGUUGCCCGGCUGGCAGAAUCGCUCCAGCAGAGGUGAUUGGGCACCGCAUCACGGCAGUGGAUGGCGUUGCAGUGGAAAACGGCCGUGCGGUGGCGGCGCAGGUGCAAGACAAAACCACUUUUGCGUUGACGUUCGAGGAGUAG